GGAGCGGCAGCGCGCUAUCGCCCCCGACGUGAUCCUGACCCCCGCGGCCCCGCAGCACCGCAGCGCCCGGCCCGGAGCAGGCCCAUGGAGAGGACAAAGCCCCUUGACACCAACACCUUGGGAAGCAAUGAUUGUUCCACAGCUUUUCCAGGAGAGCUGUCUCAGAGGAUUCCCUCCCUUUGGGUUUCCUUCCCCUCUGCCUCGCUAUGGCUCCAAUUGUUCUUUCUGUUGUGUUCAUGAGUGGGUUGGACGUGUGCAACACCUUCAAAACCACCUUGAUGGAGCCCCUGGAAGAGCCCCCAGCAGAGCCUCCCGUACUGGAAACCCCCCAGAAGUUCUUCCUGCGGGUGAAGUGGCAACUGCUGCAGCAGCAGCAAGCUAGGACACCUUCAACCCACACCCAGCAGAAUGUUCCUCCUCCCACAACUGCAGAGAAUCCCUCAGUGCAGCCUGCUGGUGCUGAGCAGCCAGGGAACCAGCCUGCCCAGGAUAUGGACUCUGAUAAGGACGAUGUGGAUGUUUUCCUGGUGGAAUCCAUAGAAGUAGAUGGUGAUGGAGAAAUGUCUCAAAGUACAGUGGCUACUCCUUUGCAAGUGAACUCCACCCCUUGGGAAAAGAGGGAUCGGGUAAGAGGAAGGUGGAGAAAUGGAGAAUGUAGAGAGCUUCAUGAAGACAGGAGAGAGCUGCAGCCCAGCAAAAAACCAGCUGCUCCAGCAGUGGAAAAGGCACCAGAGGCUAGUCCUGGAAAGCCUUCCAAGCGCUUCUGUAGCAUCAUGCUCUGCUCUCCAGUCCAAAUCCCAAGGAAGCAGAAGCUGGCAGAAGAACCCAAGGCCCCUUUGGAUAAACCUCCUACUGAUCAACUUGCUGGCAAAGCGCACAAAGAGAAAAACAUCUGCCUGAACAGCUGGAGGAUUAAAGUGCUGCCUGGAAACAUGGCAAUCUCUGUGUGUGGGAAAAGGAAGGACACGAAUCAGCUGUGGCACAGCACCGCCGUCACCGAGCGCGUCACUCGCAACCAGGUGCAGACCUCCUCGGGAACUGUCUACCUGCUGCAGGGCAAGAUAGACACAGCUGCCAUGAGGAAGGAGGGGUUCCCCUACCACUUCAUCAAGAAGUUCACAUUUGGCUUCUCCAGAAGUUGGAAGGAGUAUGUGGAGGAGUUUCUUGAGGAAAAGAGGAGGAAAGAAGCAGUUCAAGAUAGCUGUGGGGAGGAAGACGAGAAGAGUGACUCCGUGGGGGGAGCUGAUGUGUUGGAGACCACAGAAAGCUCAGCAAGGAGUACAAAGAGACCUGCACUGAGAAACUCCACCUAUGAGGUGUCGCCAGGGAAUGAUGAGAACAUCUCCAUAACACCAAAUUACACCCCCAGGAAUGACUCGAGCAGGGUCUACACUCGCAGCGGGCGCCUCAUCAAACCCCCCCUGAACUUCUGGUGUGGGCAGAGGGAGUUUGUGGAUCAGAACCUGAAUGUCACCAUAGAAAAGGGAGGGGUGGAUUAUCUCAGCCUGAUGCUUAGUAGUGAAAAACCCAAAAAAAAGACCAGUUCCGUCUCCAAGAAGAAUCAACCAAAGGAAGUCUUGAAGACAACAGAGGAAAUGCCAAAAAGCCAAAGUAAAGGGAAAGGCAGCGGGAGGGGAGCCACGCCCAGGGGAGACCCCAGAGCUGCCCGCAGCAGGAAGGGACGGCGCUUCCCUUUGGAUGAGGAGGAAAAGGAUCCUGGAAUGAGGAGCACAGAAACGAAAUCCCAUCUCCGUGCCCGGGCGGCUUCCUCCAGCACCAGGGGGCUGAACAAAGGCAGCAGCAGAGCCCCGGGGGCAGCGACGAGAGCAGCAGGCUCCGGAGAGCCGAGCAUGUACGAGCAGGGCUACAGGUACUCCCUCAGGUCAGCCAGGCAGCGCCUCCCGGGGAAGGAGAGGGUUCUCCUCCCCGAGGAACCGUCAGAGGAUGAGGAGGAGCACUCGCCCAGUGAGGACAGUGAGCAGGCCAGUAAGCACAUUCCACUGGCCAUCAGGAGGAAAAACACGUCUGGAUUAAAACCAGGGUCUCAAAGGCGGAAACCUUGCUCUGGCUCCAGAGAUCCCCGGGAUAAUGCAAGCAAGUCCCGUGGCCAAAGGACAGGAAAGGCCUCCUGGAAUGGGCUGGUGGGGCUGAGUGAGACUGAGUGCAGUGCUGAGUCUUCUUCUGAGUCCCCUUCUGAGGGGAAAACAUCCUCUGAGUCCAGUGCUUCCCUCCUGCCUGCUCAACCCAGGAGGGCACAGGACAGAGCCAGCCAGACCAGGCUGGUCAAUUCCAGCACCCAGCCCCAAACCGAGAAGGAGAAAACUCACAGCAAGGACAGGAAUGCCAGAGUACCCCAGAUGAAAACAAGCCAUGGAGUCUCCAGCAGUGCCAGGGCUUCCUCAGCAAAACUGAGAGAGGCAAAAGGGCAGAAAUCUCUGGAACUUUUUCCAAGGGCAGCUGAUGGUUGGUCUGAGAGGGAAUUACAGAACCUUCACAGGGCCAUCGCGACCUUCCCGAAGCACAGGAGCGGCUUCUGGCAGGAGGUGGCCAUGGCCGUGGGGUCCCGCUCGGCCGAGGAGUGCCAGGGGAAGUACCGGGAGGAGCAGGAGGGGAAAGGCUCCAAGCAGCAGCCCAGGAGAACCACCUCAGGAAAAGCUGAGAACAAAGAUAAGAAGGAGGCAGUGAUCACUGCCAGGGUGGGCACCCUCAAGCGGAAGCUGCAGAUGAGGGAGUUCCUGGAGCAGCUGCCCAAGGACAACCACGACGACAUCUUCGCCACCACGCCCUUCCAGAAGAGGAAGGUCCAGCUGCCAACACUGCGAGGGAGCCAGGACGGGGACACCGAGGACUUCACCCUCUCAGAGCUGCCCCUCACCCCCUCCUCAGGCCUCUUUCCCCCUGUGAAAACCCCACAGUGUGAGCACAUCAGCCCGGGAAUGCUGGUCCCCAUCAACAGGAACGACUACGACCGGCACGUGUUCCGCAUGCAGAAGAACAUGCAGGGCGCCCGAGGCACCUGGGACAAGGUCAAGAAGAAGAUGGCCACAGCUGCACAUGAGACACCACCUUCCUGCAGAACCAAGAGAGUGACCGUGGCCCCAGUGGUGGGGAACCUCUUUGUGACUGAGACUCCAGAGUCCUCCGGUGAGGAGAAGGAUUCCUACUUUUCCAUGUGAUGGAUUCUGUGGAUAUGUUGUUCACCUGCACAGGGGCUUCUGCUGCCCCUCUGGGAAGGAAUGCUGGAGUGAUUUCAGUUUGGAAAAGUUGCCCUGCUCUGGCUGUACGUGUUUUAACUCCAUUCCCACCCUGCCAGCAAUGCUUGACUUUUCCAUGUGUACAAAGUAGCAUUUCCUUGUCCAGGCUCCUCUCCGUGUCCUGUUUCUCCUGGGAAGGAGAAGUGUACAUAGAUACCAAUGACUGCCAAGUUUUGAUACAUUUUAAGCUAAAGAAGUAUCUUCUGGGAUAUGGCUGUAUAAUAAAUUCAGGAGCAGUCCGGAAGGAACUGAAAUUGCUUUUUAAUUUACUCUAGGGACAGCUUGAAUUUUUAUAUUUCCUUAAUGUAAUAAACAAGGAGAAGCUUUUUA